AUGAAUAAUGCGGAAAAUGGCGAUACGGUGAAUUUGACGAAGGAAUUGUUGAAAUUGACGAGCAAUAUUAUUUCAAGGAUGAUGAUGAGUUCUCGGUGUUCGGAGAACGAUAAGGAAGCUGAGGAGGUAAUACAAGUUGUGACUGAAGUGACGGAGAUUUUUGGAACGUUUGAUGUUGCUGAUGUUAUAGGAUUUGGUGGGAGGUUUGAUUUUCAAGGGAUAAAGAAGAGGGCACGAAAUACUCAUAGGAAAUAUGAUGCUUUGCUUGAGAAGUUUAUAACCGGAAGGAAAAUGUUAAGAAACAGCAGGAAAGUGGAAGAAUUAAAAGAUGAUGGUAAGGACUUGCUGGAUUUGUUGCUUGAUAUUAUGGAGAGUGAGACAUCUGACGUUAAAAUAACGGGAGAUCACAUAAAGGCAUUGAUCCUGAUUCGCAUUGGAUAUAUUAUGACUUGCACACUUGGGUUUAGAUCUGCUAUAACCUAG